AUGACUCGACCAUAUCACUCAAAUUCGUAUCGAGGAAGAGGAUCAGGAUAUCGAGGUGGCUAUCGUGGAGCACACCGUGGAGGUUAUCAUCAUCAUCAGAGUACAGGACCAACACAUCAGUGGAAAAGAGUAGAAGAGUCUUCGUCACAAACAACAUCUUCAACAACAACCAGUGGCGGUACCGGUAUUUCUACAGGUUCGAAUACGACGUCAGCAACUUCAUCGACCCCGAUCAAGGCGCCAAAACCAGUAGCUAAUAGUGAUGGUACCGUCGACAUAGGAGGAGUCAAGUAUAGAACGGCCAAAAAUGGAUCGAAACUGAUUCGAGUAGACCCUUCAGAGCAACCUAAAGAAUCCACACCCCGCAAAACGACAAUCCAGGGAGUUUCCUAUGUUCGAACUAAAUCAGGGAACUUACUGCGAAAGAACCCACUUUCCAACGACAGGUGCGUAGAUCAUUCACUAACAUAUUAUCUCGCUUGUUUUUAA